AUGCAAGCAGACAGCUGCGGGAGUCUAGAUGGCAAGGCACCCUUGCCUUGUCCUUUCCAAGAACCAAUGAUAGCACCCAAGCACAUGCAAGAUGGCUCAACGGCAGUAGCUGAGCGGUUGGAAACAGUUAAUUUAAGUGAUGACCCCUCUGCCCCAAGACCCAUCUCUGUCAGUGUUCAUUUAACAGGGGAAGAAAGGGAAGCUUUGGUGUCGUUAUUGAAGGAAUUUCGAGAUGUGUUUGCUUGGAGUUAUGAAGAGAUGCCCGGCUUUAAUCCAAACUUGGUAAGUCAUACGCUGAAUAUUGAGCUCGGUGCAAGACCUGUUGUACAACCACGAAGGAAUUUUCAUCCUGAAAUUGAGAAACAAAUCAAGGUGGAAGUUGAAAAACUGCUAGCCGCUGGAUUCAUCAAGCCAAUCAAACACCCGACAUGGCUAGCAAAUAUCGUACCCGUGAAGAAGAAAACUGGGGUAAUCAGAAUAUGCACAGACUAUCGUGAUCUCAAUCGAGCCUGCCCAAAAGAUGAAUUCCCGCUGCCCAACAUGGAUAUCUUGAUUGAUUCAACCUCGGGUCAAGGCAUGCUAUCCUUCAUGGACGAAUUUAGUGGCUAUAAUCAAACCAAGAUGUCUCCCAAGGAUGCCGAGAAAACAGCCUUUCGAACACCUUAUGGAAAUUUCUACUACACGGUCAUGCCAUUUGGUCUCAAGAAUGCCGGUGCUACCUACCAACGGGCCAUGACGGCGGUGUUUCAUGAUAUGAUGGGAAAAGAGGUGGAAGACUAUGUGGAUGACCUCGUAGUAAAAUCCAAAACCAAAGAAAGUCAUCAGGGAGUUCUGAGGCGGGUGCUGGAAAGGUGCCGGCUGUAUGGGUUAAAAAUGAACCCAAAGAAAUGCGCAUUCGGAGUCUCAUCUGGCAAGUUCCUGGGCUUUCAGGUACACCAGCGUGGUAUAGAUGUGGAUUCUGAGAAAACCAAAGCCAUAUGCUCCCUUGCACCACCUAAGAAUCCAAAGGAAUUGAAAAGGGAAGCCAUAUAUAUGGAGCCAGGAAUGCCAAGAAGCUUACCAGCGGGUACAACAACUGAUCACAAAGCUGCCCACGAUAGGGCACCUAUUCCAGGACUUCCACUCAAACUUUAUUUGGCUGCGACAAAUGCUGCGGUUGGAGCUUUGCUUGCGCAGGAUGGCCAUAACGGGGAGGAAAGCCCUGUUUAUUAUGUAAGCCGACAACUGAGAGGAGCUGAAGCAAGGUACCCGAAAACGGAACUCUUAUGCCUUGCUCUUGUCUAUGCUGCGCAGCGCUUGCGACACUACUUCCUUGCUCACAAGUUACAACUCAUAGUAAAGUCUGAUCCCGUAAGAUAUCUGCUCACAAGGCCGGUAUUAUCCGGUCGUCUCGCACGUUGGUUAUUGCAGCUUUCCGAAUUUGAUAUCAUAUGCACAACUCCUAAGGCCAUCAAGGGACAAGCUGUGAUUGACAUGCUAGCUCUAUUCCCCGAAGUAGAAGGAUCAACCCUUUCCAAGGAAGUCCUGGGAGAGCUGCCAGAAAUGGUUGCUACUGUUACAGAGGAGGAACCAUGGACCCUCUACUUCGAUGGGUCUUCCACAUCAAAAGGUGGAGGGGCAGGUGUUGUGCUCAUUAAUCCCUACGGGCAAGCUACGGCUCUCUCAUUCAAGCUAGACUUUCCAUGCACGAAUAACGUGGCAGAAUACGAAGCUUUUAUUGUGGGAUUGUCCACAGCAAGAGAAAUGGGCGCAGAAAAGGUGAAGAUCAUUGGCGAUUCGAACCUGGUACUAAGUCAAUUGCAAGGAAGCUUUGCGGUGAAGGAAGCAACCUUGGCACCAUAUCGGACAGCUGCUGAAAGGCUCAUUAAUUCCUUCAAGCAAAUCGUGAUGGAGCACAUUCCAGGAACCACCAAUAGAACAGCCCAACAUCACCGUGAUAAGGAGAAGCACACCAGUGGUCGAAGCAAUGGCCCAGGGGACCUGCUGGAAGAGGAUGAUUGGAGAAAGCCACUGAAGAAAAAAUUAGGUGAAGAGAGCAGCAUUAAAGACUUGAAAGACUAUGUGACUAUCUUUGGGGAACUCUACAGACGUCUUCCGGGAGGUGUUCUAACCCGGUGUGUUGGGAUGGCAGAAGCAAGAAGGAGGUUGCAAGAGGUACACGAUGCCACUUGCGGCUUGGAACCAGUAAUCAGCCUGUACCGGCGCUUGCAACGCAAAGGUUAUUAUUGGCCAGAGAUGAAGAAGCAAGCAGCUGAACUACAAUUCGAUUGUCCCACCUGUUCUACGAUACCCUCUAUAGAGGAGUCAUUCACUGUUUCAUUUGCAGAAGAUUGGCGGGCUCCAUACUUGGCAUUCUUUGUUGGAGGAACUCUGCCGACUAACCCCAAGCUUGCUUAUAAGCUCAAAAAGACCAUGAAGAGGUAUUUUGUUGAUGGGUCAACUCUCUAUCGGAAGGGGUUUAAUGGUGAGCCAUUAAAAUGCUUGGGAGAAUCAGAGGCACGUCAAGCCAUGCAAGAGAUACAUGCUGGAGAGUGCGGAGAGCACCAAGGAAUGAAGAAGCUUCACCGGCAGCUACUAAGCAUUGGGUAUUAUUGGCCUACCAUGAAGAGGGAUGCGCAUGACUUUGUUAAGAAAUGCCACACAUGCCAAAUCUAUGCUAAUCUAAGCCACAAACCUCCUACAUUGCUGCAAGACAUGCGCACUCCCUGGCCUGGCUUCCAUACUUGGGGGCUUGAUUUAAUUGGGACAAUCCAUUCCCCUUCCGAUGGCUACAUAUGGAUCCUUACCGCUACGGAGUAUUUCACGAAAUGGGUUGAGGCAAUUCCCCUUCGAAAGGCCACAGGAGCUGCUGUCUCGAAUUUCAUUCGGGAAUACAUUGUGUGUAGGUUCGGAAUCCCAUACAAGAUGGUCACCGACAAUGGCACACCUUUUGUCAACAAGCAAGUGAGUUCAACCCUUAGUGGGUACAGUAUCAAGCAUCGUCGCUCUACGCCUUAUUACCCGCAGGGAAACGGUCAAGCAGAAGCUACCAAUAAGACGAUAUUGAGGAUUCUAAGCAAGAUGGUAUAUGAGUAUCAAGAAGGCUGGAGUGUUCACCUGCCGGAUGCUUUGUGGGCUUAUCGCACCUCACCAAGGAGCGCUACAGGUUUUUCACCUUACUCACUUGUGUACGGAUCUGAGGCUAUUUCACCCGUGGAAAUCACCAUCCCGACAACCAGGAUAGCAGCUGUCAAUGAUCUUGAAUGGGAUGCAAAGACAUGCUCGGAUUGGCGUUUGCUAGAUCUCGAAGCAGUUGAUGAGAAAAGGAUGGAAGCUGAAAGAAGGAUGGCACUUUACAACAAGACUGUUGCCCAAGCCUAUAACAGGACCGUUAAGCCUCAAGCCUUCAAGCAAGGAGAUCUCGUGCUAAAAGUCGUUGAACAUGUGAGAAGGCAAAUGUCAGGACCUUCCAAAUUUGCCCCACAAUGGGAGGGUCCAUUCGCAGUCAAGGAGGUACACAGCAGCGGUUAUUAUCGCUUGAUCUCUGUCAAGGAAGGCAUGCUAAUGGAUCCCAUCAAUGGAAAAUGGCUCAAGCCCUACUACUGCUAA